UAACGACAAUGAAAUCAUUAGUUUUGUUUGUCUUUCAGAUGUAUGUUAUUUAAGAUUGGAUUUCUUGACAUUCUCAAUCCAAGGGAUGGCGUUGACCGAUGAAAUCAUGGGAAGUCUUUGUAUAGAUUCUCUCAAAGUAACGUCGAGCUCCAAUGAACCCAUUCCAGAAAUAUGUGGACAGAAUUCGGGACAACACAUUUACGUGGAUAUGGAUCGAGGAUGUUCUGGAAAUGCCAAAUUGGACUUUUCCUUCACGGGUGAAGCGUCGACUCGCAUUUUUGAGAUCAAAGCCACACAAAUCGAGUGCGGAUCUCGAUCAGCACCCCCGGAUGGUUGUCUACAAUAUCAUACUAAUUUGGACGGCCGAUUAACGACUUUUAAUUACGCCCCCAUGGAUAACCUUCAUCUCGAAGAUCAGGAUUACUCCAUUUGCAUUCGCCAAGAGUUGGGAUAUUGUUGUGUGCAAUACAGUGUGUGCCCUGACGACGAAGCUCUGGGAUUUUUCUUUGAGUAAAGGUGUUAUAGCGGACAAUGCAUACACUGACAGCGAGUGUGCUACUCUCGAUUUCGUUGGGAU